GCUGCCGCCAUUUCACACAGCUAUGCCAGAACGAAUCAACCAUGUGGGCGCUGCACAUCUACUGAAGGAAGUGCUGGCCAGCGAUGCGCUGAAUGUGCAGAGCGAGGAGGAUUUGUUCGAGACCGUGGUCCGAUGGGCCGAGUUUCAGCGAGGACGACUCGGGCGACGAGCAGCAGGCGCGCGCCACGCCUCCGGGCCAGAUAGUGUCGGCCGAGAAGCACACCAAAACCAGCCGGCCGUCGGAUAGCGCCGUACUCAAAUGCUACCGGUCGCCGGCCAACUUGGCGCUCCUGCCGCGCAGCCCACGAUCGCCGUUCCUGCAGGCACGCAGCCCGCGCCGGAAAUCUGAACUGACGCGUGAGGCCUUCACUGCAGGCGCUAUGCCGGGCGCCACCACUCCACCCAGUACCGAUUCGCCGCGCACGUCAAUCUGUAAUGUCGGCUGCAGUCAGUCGAGUACUCCGAUACUGCCACCUUGGCUACAUUGCAUGCGCGCAAAGAACACCUAUCGUCGCUAUUGCCCCUGCAUCCGGUUUCCGAUGAUGGACAAGCAAUUUUUGCUUACUGUCGUCGAACGUAAUUCCGAGCUGAUGGCCAUGCCACUGAUGAAGGAUUUGCUGAUUGAGGCAUACCGGUUCCAUGCGUUCAAUCCACCCGCGCCUGUGGAGAAACCUGAGCGGCGCCGGGCAUCAGAGUGUUUUGCAAAGCGGGAGUCGAGCACGCCUGUGGAGCAGUAUGCGAAAAUUAUCUUGCCAUUAAACGGCACGGACGAGUACACGCUGUCGCGCUCGCAGCGCCGCAAGUGGGUUUUCCAGAAUGCUGCUCAGAAGACCCUUGCUCAAAACAUAUUCGCCUAAAAUGUAACGUACCAAGUUUACGUAGAUUUAAUACCACACAACAUCGUUUGCACCUUUUAUUCGUAUCACCUUACCCCUCCCCGGAUUCAGUUUUCACAGAAUCCCAAA